UGACUUUACUAAAUUAAAAUGUGAAAGUGACAAAAUAUUUUAAUAAUUUCGGAAAUAUCUCAAAAUUGUUGUAAAAUUUAAUAAAAAAAACACUUAGAAAAAUGGCACCCCCGAAUGUUGACACGAAAGCUCUAAAAAAAGCACCCUCAAAAAUACCUCCCCCUCCAACCAAACAACAAAAUGUUAAGCCGGGGUCUAAAUUAAACAUGAAAGAUGCUAAAGGAGAUGCUAAAAAAGGUGUUAAAGCUCCAGAACCGGUGGGUAAAGGAAAGGGAAAAGGUGGUAAAGGAGAACCGGAACCUGAACCCAUUGAAGAACCACCAAAACCUAAAGUAUUUCUUCCAAAGAAAAAACCCGUCUAUGAAGCCCCCAAACCAGUUAUAUUUAAAAAAUGGAUUCCCCCCGAUGAGAGACCCAAACCUCCAAAACCUGCAAAAUAUGAAGCACCAAAACCGACAAUCACCCACCACUGGAUACCUCCAGACAGAAGAAAAAAACCUCCACCGCCCCCGAAAUACGAAGCCCCUCCUCUACCCUCGCCGAAAAGAAAAUGGAUUCCGCCGGACAAGAGGAAACCUAAGCCGAAACCCGAACCCAAAUUCAAACCGCCAUCACCGGCCGGGAAAACGUUACACGUCCCCCACACCAGAAACUUUAAAUGUUGGGGCCCCUUCAAAUAUUACGACGGCUUAACUGAACCCGGGUACCUCAUUGGUCGGUUCAGCCAGUCCCACAAGAGGUUUGGAAAGUAUGCUGGACAGCAAGACUUAACUAACAGUGUUGUGGCAUGUGGCGCAAUUAAUGUAAUCAAAAACUACAAGGAUUGGGAUAACAACGUGGUAUCCAGCAUUUUGCAAUCUGGUCACCAUUUGUAUGAAGAAUCGAGAAAAAAAAUGAAAUGCAAGGAGGCUCCGUUCGAUUUGAGCCAAAUUAUUAACUACUACUACCACGGCGCACAUAAAAUCCUUAUCGAAAUACAAACAGAACUGGGUGUGGAGGAAGUUAUUAAAGAGUGUUCAAAGAUGGCGAAAGUUAUCGAACUGAUUAAAUUCUUCUUCGAUAUGAACCAUAAUUCCGGAGUACUAGUGGUGAAUUACAAGAGCUUCUGUAUAUGGAAAAGUACAGAGAAAGGAAAAACUUAUUACUAUUUCUUCGACCCCAGAGAUCACACAGAACAUGGCGAGCCUUUGGACGUGAUGCCUAGAGGACAAGGUUUCAGUGUGGUUGGUAAAACUGGCGGCGUAAAAAGUCUAAGUACGGUUUUACUGAAAAAUCUUCCGUCGUUUGGCAGUGGCGUCAGCUUUAGCAUCACCCCGGUGGCAAUACUAAAGAUCGAAAAAAUCGAUACUGGGGCUCCAACAGAUUAUGAAGAUGUCAUUGCCAAGAAGAUACCCGAAUCAAAAGAAUGCAAAAAAUUAGGGGAUCAAGAAGGUGAGGCUCCAAAGCGUCCAAUAAAAGAUAAGAAAGAAGACAAAAAAGAAACGCCUGAAACUGAGGAGGAGAUGACUAAAAAGUUGGCUGAGGCAGCCGAAAAAAGAAAAAUAGAACAAGCUGGUCUGGAAAUUAAUCCAGAGGCCACAGCCGAUAUACCAAACAAACCAUCAUUUUUACAAGAAGUUGAUAUAGACAAUCUAAAAGAAAAUCGCCAAGAAAAGCAGAUUACGGUUACAGACGAACUGGCUUUGCAGAGAAUAAAGCCCAAACUGCUGUCUCGUUAUGUGGACCUUGUAUCAGGGAUGGUAGGAAUAUUAAGAGGUCGCACUUUCCAAUCAGACAAUACAUUUACAAAAUACAACACCAAGCAAGCCAUGGGUAAUGUUAUAGCAUGCUUCACUAUGCUAAGACUAUACAGAGCAAGAGCAUGGAAAAACACCCAAAUCUGCGACAUACAUCAAUACGGUGAAAUUUAUUACAAUGAGGCAAGAAAAAAGAAACCUUUGACAAUGGAACUACGCCUGACUGACUUUCCCAAAAUACACUUUAUGUUGAAAAACAAUUACAUGCUGGACUUUAAAGAAAACGAGUGUUACGGACAACUCUCCUCUGAGUAUUACGAACGAAUGGAUUUAUUCGUAGCCUUGGAGAACUUUAUGAUUAAUAACAAUUGCUGCAUGGUUGGAGGACCUCUGGUGGUCGCAAUUUGGAAAGAAGAAGGGCGUUACUACCUAUUUGACCCCAACGAGAGAGACGAGAAGGGUAGAAGAAUAGAAGUCAGUACAACCAACAGAGGGGAGGGGGAUGUCCCCAGAGGUGUGUCUUGCGUUAUGUGGUUUAUGCAGUUGGCGGACCUGUGCGAACAUUACAUGACCAAUGUUAGAAGGGAGAAUAGACACGAUUUGUUCACUUUGAGCGCCAUAAGAAUUUUGGAUGACCCUGAACUGCCUCCCAAUUUUUACAACUUUGUAGGUUUCAAAAAAAAUCGUUGGAUAAUGCUGGCAGAUUUUUCUCAAGGUGAUGCCAGAUUUGACCAUGAGGGUCGAGGUAAUCAAUGUACAGCCAUGGCAUCGAUGUCUUUGAUGUAUUCAAUACUGGACAAUAAGUUAGGUGGUUGGUCCAAGGAUACUCUCAAUGAAAUUUUAAUGGAAGGAGACCAGCUGUACAGAGAUUCUAUGGAAAAACUUAGAAGAAGCGAUCCCAAUUAUACCGGAUUAAUGUUGUGUGGAGAAGAUAUCCAGCCUAGGACUGUUUUGGAGAAGUUUCAAAAAGAAGUACACUGCUCCCCAAAGGCAGCUGUUUAUGGUAAUAUCAUAAAAAAUGCAGAAUUUCCGGAUUUUCUAGAGGGUUUGGAUAGUUUCUUCACAACAUUCACUCACGGACUCUGUACCUCUGGAAGCAUAACUGUUGGUUUUUGGAAAGCGAGCCCACGUGAAUAUUUUUAUUUUGACUCGCAUUCAAGAAAUAACAAAGGCUUAACUGCACCUGGAGGAAGAGCAAUGCUGGUCCGCACCACCAACGUGGUCGACUUAGCAAACUGCAUGUUGCCGAACAUACCUGUCGGAGGGGUUUUGCAAGGCAUCUUUAAUUUGUUCGAACUUGACAUGAAAUUCGUGGACAUCGUGGAUGAGGUACCCAGACCGGCCGAAGGUUUAUACAGGCACAGAUGCGAGGAGGACGGCGAAUUGGUUGUUAUUUUGAGGGGACAAAAUAGCCUGUGGAGCGAGCAGUUUGUCGCAAACGCCGGCAAGCAGACUUUGGCAACGUGCCUAAUAGCAUUGGGCUAUAACAAAGUUAAAGAGGGUUCGCAAUGGUGCACCACUGACGUUGAUCUCAUCUUGGACAAGGGAGAUAAACAUUACGUGGAUUCUUACGAGGCCAGGGAAGACAAGGAGCAAGAGGAUAUCACCAUGGAUAACGUUUUGAAAGAGUUUAGCAUAGGGUACAACAAGCUUACUCUCGAUGUAACAACAGUAAAUGAAGGAAAUAUAAAGGAAAAAUUAAUAGAAACCCUCGCAACCUUCUAUCUAGACAACGAAGACUUGGAAGAUGUCAACAGAGAGACAAUUCUAGAGACAGAGAGUUAUACAGUCGCUCUAUUUAAGGACAAAAACGCUUUUUAUUUGUACGACCCAAAUCAACGAGAUAAAAAGGGGAAUGUUAUUGGAAGAGCGGAUUGGGACGACCCAGGUGAUGUUGUUGAGACUAAUGAGACUGAUGAGACUAACGAGUUUGUCGAUACUGGUGAAUCUGGUGCGACUGACGAGAGAAAAGAAUCCGGUGAUGUGAAGUUUCCCGACGCUCAAGAAGGAAAAGAAAAGGUUGGUGGCAAGGGGAAAAAGUCACCGAGUACAUCCGCCCCAACUUCCCCAUCUGACGCCCCUGCCCCUCCCGCCCCCUCUGCAGAGGAGGACGAUGGAACUUUUGAAGUGAAAACGUUUUUCAAAAGUCUUCCUAUCAGAAACUGGGAUGAAAUGGGCAAACCAAGGCAUCGAAAAUUUAAAUACCCCCCUGAAUAUUGGGACGAGCAAAUAGAAACAUACGGACGAGCCUGUGCCUUGAAAUUUUUACUACUGCAAGACUUGGUGUGUCACGUCUUUACGAAUAUCCCAGCCUCUGAGAGGGUGGAAAAAGAUUUUAAACUGCACAAAGUUGAAAUGUUAAACGAACUGAGUAUCGUCGAAAAACACAGGCCUGAUACCGGGGCCACCAUGGAGAAUAUUUAUGAUGGUGAUUGGUACAAAUUCGUGGAAAUCGAAAGGGGAAAAUGGGUUCUUAAUGGCACCUUAAAACUUAAUGACGAAGUGUUUCCCGAAAUGAACAGAGGAAAACAGAAUUUGACUGCUUGUCUUUGUUGCCUCUUGUACAAUUAUUUGUUCCCGAUAAACAGGUUCACACCUGAUACGAUGGACAAAAUUCUUUCAUAUGGCGAUAAAAUUUACACGAGAAUUAAGAAGGACCAAUUUCAGAACUUGAAAGCCAACAGCUCUCUUCGAGAAGAGGAAAUUAACAUUAUAAUAGCCGACGUUAGAGUAACUUUGGAAAAUAUAUAUAAACGAUUGAGAGUCGGUAAGCACUAUGUCAAAAUUGACAUUGAGAGAGCUGAAACUGGACACAUAUUUGCUCCGGAAGACCAAGAGGAUAUGUUGGAUCUUAAAAGAGCCCUCGAGAAGUUCUUUGAGAACAAUACCCAUGGUUUACUAGAGGCAAAUGGUCUAUUGGUUGGCAUUUUUAAAGGUGCCACUGUAUACUUUAUGUACGACCCGCACGAGAGAGGCCCAGACGGGUCAAAAGACCCCAUCGGAAGACCCUGUCUAACGAGAUUCUUGGACCUGGACAAACUUAUAAGCCUAUUUAAAUCGAAUAUUAAUCCAUAUGGAACCAACUAUUUCGAUAUAUACUCCGUAUGUUUGGAGGAGUUUGUAUCAAAACAAGCGGAAAAUGCGGAGGUCGAUUUGGAGGCCGAAAAAACAUUGCCGCAGCCGGCUGAGCCUGGUACCACAGCGUUGCCAGGUUUGACUCUGGGAGGUUGGAAGAAGAUUUCUGGAGGAAAAUUUAUAUUGAGAGGCACACUAGAAAACUGCAACUUCGCGCCGGUCAAAACGGCCGCCUUCAAUUUCAUAGCCUUGGCUAUGAGUUUGAUCCAUAAACCUUCGAUAUGGACGUACCCUAUGAUCGUGGAGAUUGGAGAUUCCGGUGACGACCUCUUCAAGGAAUGCAGGGGGGAAAACGAUCCCCCUUUCGACCUCACCGCCAACCCCUUGAUCAUCGAAAAAACAAAAAACCUAUUCAACGUGGGCAACAUAAAAUGUCACGUUAUUUUGAGGCUGCCCGGGUUGGUUGGAAAUGUGAACAGCAAAUCAAGUGGCCAGUUGAACUUGAGACAAGCACUGGAGAGCCUCUUUAAAACCAACACUCACGGUAUUUUGGAGAUAGGAGGCUACACUAUUUCAGUUUGGGAGGAUUACGAUGCUAUAAACGAUAAACCUCUAAUUUAUCUGUACGAUCCGGUACCUAGGGGAGCAACAGGCAUGCCAAUAGCGUAUGGAGGAAAACCCUGUGCCCUAUAUUUCGUACACGACACUCUAUUUGUCAGUCAGCAUAUCAAAGAUAUUCUGAGCGCUGAUAUGAAUGAGGACGGCGAGUUUGUAUUAACUGCUGUCGAAGUGGUGGCAGGUGGUAAAAAAAGCAAAAAAGGCGGAGCUGUAAAAGCUGCCAAAACUUGUCAAAUGAGCAUGGCCAAGAAGAAAGAUAUUAGUGCCUUCAUGAAAAUGAACGAACAACAGGAGAAACUGCGUCGCCUAAAAGAGAUCGACCAAUUGGGCAGAUACAACUAUCACUGCGUCAUGCCCGGAGAAAUCCUGAGAUCCUACAGAAAUCUGGAGGACAAGCAAUACGAAGCUAACUGCAGAGGAUUCCAGGACUUAACCUGCUGCAUCAUGGCAGCUGUCAUGUCGGAGCUUCAAGCAAUCGAAACAUGGAGCUGCUCGACACUUGACAUAAUUAUGGAUUCAGGUACUCAACUAUAUUUGGAUUCAUACUUGACCUACAGAAGUGAAAACCCGAAGAUUGGUUACCAUAGUGUCCUAAGAAAAUUCUUUUUGAAAGACGAGAAAAUUAAUAUUGUAAUUUACAAGCCCAUGAUGCCUGGGAAGCCCAAUCCGCCCCAGAUAUCUUGGAGAUUGGAACAACUAUUUAUGGAUGCAAAGUUUGCGGAAAAUUUUAUUAUCAUGGAAUAUCUGGGAUUAUUUUUCUGCGUUUUCCACUCAUCAGAAAAAUAUUACUUGUACUGUCCGUAUGGAACAAACCAUAAAGGCGAAGUCGAUAAAGAAGGAACUUCAGUUUUAUUCAAGUUCUACAAUAUAAGAGAGCUAGCAAAUCGGUUUGUUACAAACUUUUCUUGGGUGGGUGAAAGGGUUCCGGUCGAAGAAAAUAAAUUUAUGUUGACCAUGAUCAAGGUGAUAACGAAUAAAAACCCAGAAACUCGCACUAAGUGCGAUUUAUAAAAAGACUUGUAAAUUGCAAUAAAUUGUAAUUGUGAUUUAUGUAAAAUAGUACUGUGAUAAAAUGUGAUAAAUGUUUGUAUGUAAAUGUAAACCAUAACUUGUACCAGACGUCCUAUAAUAAUAAAGUGAUAUGUUUUGAUAAUUAUACAUAUUUUUAUGUCGUGUCAAAAUAUU